AUGUACUCCUGCUCAGACUGUGGAAGGAGCUUUGGGGUCCAGAGCGCACUCAAAAUCCACCAGCGCAUUCACACUGGCGAGAAACCCUACUGCUGCUCACUGUGUGGAAAAGGUUUUACUGUCCAGAGUGCGCUCAAAACGCACCAGCGCAUUCACACUGGAGAAAAACCAUACCGCUGCGCACAGUGUGGAAAAGGUUUUACUGUCCAGAGUGCACUCAAAACGCACCAGCGCGUUCACACUGGUGAAAAGCCGUUCCUCUGUUCGCACUGUGGGAAGGCUUUUACUAUCCCGGGUGCUCUCCGGAUCCACCAGCGCACUCACACCGGAGAGAAACCGUAUCGGUGCUCGGAGUGCGGGAAAUGUUUCAACGACCAGAGUUAUUUAACGGUCCACCAGCGCAUUCACACCGGAGAGAAACCGUUCUGCUGCUCGCACUGUGGAAAGAGCUUUAAUAGCAUGAAUCCAGUAGAGGCGCUAAUAAACCUGAACCUGAAGAUCAACCAUCUCAGUUCAGAGGAAGAAGGAGAACCCGAGGAGAUGAGCUGA